AUGAUACUCGAACCGAAGGACUUCCCGCAGAUGUGGCAAAAGCCGUCAAGUGAUGACUUACUCAGCACGCUGAAGCAACUGGAACUUAGCCCUCCGGUAUGGAGUCACAAGCGCAGGCGAUCUGAUAUCAUUCAUGAACAAGAGGCCACGGCGUAUUUCCGGCGCGAAGUGACGAUGUACCUAUCGUCCAUCAUCAAGAGCGGCCUCUCCUGGAUUGAGGACGAUGACAAGAAGGAGGAAGUAUGGUCAGAGGCUAGCCGCAGGAUGACGGAACGAUGUGGAAGAACCGCCAUGGGCGAGAUUACUCGGCGAUGGCCCUUUAGAGAAGAGGACCUCACGCCGACCUUUGAGCUCAUCAUCCGGGAGCCGCCCCUGACCGGCGACUCACUUGGUCUCAAGACCUGGGGGUCUUCUUACGUUCUCGCCAAGCACUUGCCAUCUAUUGGUUCGACAGCUCUCUUCCGGCUCUUUGACGAAUCUCUGGGCGAGCCGCGGCCAUCUAUCUUGGAAUUAGGUUCUGGCACAGGCCUACUUGGACUUGCGGCGGCAGCUUUGUGGAAGGCUCAUGUAAUUCUCAGCGACUUGCCAGAUAUCAUGUCGAAUCUUUGCCAUAACGUCGAGGCCAACCGUGCCACGGUGGAGAAGCUGGGAGGUUCAUUGAACGCUGGUGCACUUACUUGGGGUGGCUCAGGGGAUGAAGAAGUUGAUCAGGAUUUCUUUGGCAAACGAAACCAGUUCAAGGUUGUCCUCGCUGCUGACCCCCUUUACGACGACUGUCAUCCAGGGCUUCUGGCAGGUGCAUUUUCUGAGCAGCUAUCAAUUGCAGACGAUGCUCGCGCAGUUGUAAUGGUCCCGCUACGAGACGAAACCACCAAAAAGCUUCUCAAGGCUUUCCGAGAUGCUAUGGGAAGCCAGGAAAACCCUCUACUAUGCAUUGAGGAAGGAACACUCGAUGGCCAGGAUGACUGGGGUGAAGACAAGGAGGGCACCGACGUGACUUGUUGGUGCAACCAACUUUACCGUCCGUCCCAACCCGUUGCCGUGCCGCGUGUCCAGCUCACGGGAGGCUCCUUCCCCCAGGAGAACCUCCUUCCAUCUUCUAUGUAUACCUGUGGCCCUGAAUCACUGCCUCUUCAAAAAUCACUCGUCCUUCCCUCUGAGAAAACUCGUGGAUCACUCUCCUACGGUCCUUUCUCCUCGCUUCCUUACUUCCGAAGUUUCUCACUUCUGAACUUCCUUACUUCCAAACUUCCAAACUUCACACAAAUCUUCUUCCUCUUCUCACACACUGUCCCAAACAAUCCAACCCAAGCUAUCCUAUCCACGAUACACGGCCUCUCGGUAUGCACCUGA